AUGGCGACGGUGCCCGUGUACUGCGUCUGCCGGCUCCCCUACGAUGUUACCCGCUUCAUGAUCGAGUGCGACGCCUGCAAGGACUGGUUCCACGGCAGCUGUGUUGGAGUGGAAGAGGAGGAGGCCCCAGACAUCGACAUAUACCACUGCCCAAACUGUGAGAAAACCCAUGGGAAGUCCACCCUGAAAAAGAAGCGAACCUGGCACAAACAUGGCCCGGGGCAGACUCCCGAAGUGAAGCCCGUGCAGAAUGGCAGCCAGCUCUUCAUCAAGGAGUUGCGGAGUCGGACCUUUCCCAGCGCGGAAGACGUGGUGGCCCGCGUGACGGGCAACCAGCUCACACUGGGCUACAUGGAAGAGCAUGGCUUCACCGAACCCAUCCUUGUCCCCAAGAAAGAUGGGCUGGGCCUGGCGGUCCCAGCCCCCACCUUCUAUGUCAGCGAUGUCGAGAACUACGUGGGCCCAGAGCGGAGUGUGGAUGUGACAGAUGUCACCAAGCAGAAGGACUGCAAGAUGAAACUGAAGGAGUUUGUGGACUAUUACUACAGCACCAACCGCAAGCGGGUCCUUAACCUUACCAACCUUGAGUUCUCUGACACCAGAAUGUCCAGCUUUGUGGAGCCUCCUGACAUCGUAAAGAAACUGUCCUGGGUAGAAAACUACUGGCCUGAUGACGCACUGUUGGCCAAGCCCAAGGUGACCAAGUACUGCCUGAUCUGUGUGAAGGACAGCUACACUGACUUUCACAUCGACUCCGGGGGUGCCUCUGCAUGGUACCACGUGCUCAAGGGGGAGAAGAUCUUCUAUCUCAUCAAGCCAGCUUCGGCCAACAUCUCCCUGUAUGAGCGCUGGCAGUCGGCCUCAAACCACAGUGAGAUGUUCUUUGCUGACCAGGUGGACAAAUGCUACAAGUGCACCCUCAAGCAGGGCCAGACGCUCUUCAUCCCCUCGGGCUGGAUUUAUGCCACACUUACACCUGUGGACUGCCUGGCCUUCGCGGGACAUUUCCUGCAUAGCCUGAGCGUGGAGAUGCAGAUGAGAGCAUACGAAGUGGAAAGAAGGUUGAAACUGGGCAGUCUGACUCAGUUUCCCAACUUCGAAACUGCCUGCUGGUACAUGGGGAAGCACCUGCUGGAGGCGUUCAAAAGUUCUCACAAGUCUGGGAAGCAGCUGCCCCCUCAUUUAGUCCAAGGAGCUAAAAUUCUCAAUGGUGCUUUCAGAUCAUGGACGAAAAAGCAGGCUUUGGCGGAGCAUGAGGAUGAACUACCAGAGCACUUCAAACCAUCGCAGCUCAUCAAAGACCUCGCCAAAGAGAUCCGGCUCAGUGAGAAUGCCUCCAAGGCCUCCCGACCUGAAGUAACUGCGGCCGUCUCCUCGGACGAGGUCUGUUUUGGGGACCGAGAAAAGGAGGAGCCCCCAUCCCCCAUUGAGGCCAGCCCUCCUCGGUCCUUCCUGGAGAAAGUGUCCAAAAAAAAGACUCCCAAAACCGUGAAGAUGCCCAAGCCGUCCAAAGUUCCCAAGCCCCCAAAGCCCCCCAAGCCUCCCAAAUCACUGAAGCUCAAGGACGGAAGCAAGAAGAAGGGGAAGAAGUGCAGGGGCUCGGCUUCACCCACCAUCCCCAACCUGGACCUGCUGGAGGCCCACACCAAGGAGGCACUGACCAAGAUUGAGCCUCCUAAGAAGGGCAAGGCCACAAAGAAUGUCCUGAGUGUGCCCAACAAAGAGGUUAUCAGCACGCAGAACGACGUGGAGAGGUUGGAAAUCCGAGAGCAGACUAAGAGCAAGUCGGAGGCCAAGUGGAAGUACAAGAACAGCAAACCUGACUCCCUACUGAAGAUGGAGGAAGAGCAGAAGUUGGAGAAGUCUCCUCUGUCAGGGAACAAGGACAACAAGUUCUCAUUUUCCUUCUCCAACAAGAAACUGCUAGGCUCCAAGGCCCUCAAGCCACAGCCAGGCCCAGGGGUGUUUGGAGCCUUGCAGAACUUCAAGGAGGACAAGCCCCAGCCAGUGCGGGAUGAGUAUGAGUACGUGUCGGAUGACGGGGAGCUCAAGAUUGACGAAUUUCCUAUUAGGAGGAAGAAAAAUGCUCCGAAGAGGGACUUGUCCUUCUUACUGGACAAGAAGGAGCCGCUGCCCACGCCCAUUACGAAGCCAAAGCUGGACUCGGCUCUCUACAAGAGUGAUGACUCCUCUGACGAGGGCUCGCUGCACAUAGACACGGACACUAAGCCCGCCCGCAACGCCAAAGUGAAGAAGGGUGGCGGGGGUUCGGCUGCGGGCAUCCUGGACCUGCUGCAGGCCAGCGAGGAGGUCGGCGCGCUCGAGUACAACCCCAACAGCCAGCCCCCCGCCUCCCCCAGCACACAGGAAGCCAUUCAGGGAAUGCUGUCCAUGGCCAACCUGCAGGCCUCCGACUCCUGCCUGCAGACCACAUGGGGUGCCGGCCAGGCCAAGGGCAGCUCGCUGGCAGCCCAUGGCACCCGGAAGAACGGGGCUGGCAGUAAGAGCACAGGCAAGCGACUGCUGAAGAGGGCGGCCAAGAACAGUGUGGACCUGGAUGAUUACGAGGAGGAGCAGGACCACCUGGACGCCUGCUUCAAGGACUCGGACUACGUUUACCCCUCCCUGGAGUCGGAUGAGGACAGUCCUGUUUUCAAGUCCCGUUCCAAGAAGAGGAAAGGCUCAGAUGAUGCUCCCUACAGCCCGACAGCGAGGGUCGGCCCGUCGGUGCCAAGGCAGGACAGGCCUGUGCGCGAGGGGACCAGAGUGGCCUCCAUUGAGACCGGGCUGGCAGCUGCUGCAGCCAAACUGUCCCAGCAGGAGGAGCAGAAAAGCAAAAAGAAAAAGAACACCAAAAGGAAGCUGGCUCCCAACACCAUCUCCCCUUCCGCCUCUGCCUCUGCCAGCACCACCUCGGCCUCCACCACCUCGGCCUCCACCACCUCGGCCUCCACCACCUCGGCCUCUACCACCUCGGCCUCUACCACCCCUGCCUCCACCACCCCGGCCUCCACCAGCACGGCCAGCAGUCAGGCCUCACAGGAGGGCAGCUCACCUGAGCCCCCACCAGAGUCCCACAGCAGCAGCCUGGUUGACCACGAGUACACAGCAGCCGGCGCCUUUGCUGGGGCCCAAGCCGGCCGUGCCUCUCAGCCCAUGGCCCCUGGGGUCUUCCUCACCACAAGGAGGCCCUCCUCGUCAUCCCCCAACAACACCGCUGCCAAAGGAAAGCGUACAAAAAAGGGCAUGGCCACUGCCAAACAGAGGCUUGGGAAAAUUUUGAAAAUUCAUCGGAAUGGAAAACUGCUCCUUUAA